CGAUCACCUUGUUCGUUCAUUACGCUGAAUUUCAGAUAUUCAAGGACCGAUUUGUCUUGUCGAAAAACAUGCAUCUAUGAUCUAUCAACAUCCCUCACCGAAUAAAAAGAGUACUUCAGAGCGAAACAUGGAUACAGCUCUCCCAGAUCCAGAUGGCCCCUUCGUUUAUCAGUUUUUCUCCUACGAGCCUUCAGGCUAAGCGCUGUGAGCCAGAAGGAAAGAAACUCCCGGUUUUCAGCCCCUUUCCCUACUCCAUCUCCGAAAUUCGAGCAGCCAUUCCCCCCGAGUUCUUCGUCUUCUCAACUUCACGUGCGCUACUAACUCUCGCACGCGACCUCAUCACCGCUGCUUUUUUCUUCUAUCUCGCACUGCACAUACCUUCUCUCCACUUACCGGCACCGCUCGAUAUAUAUUCCCCCCUUAUACGCGCCGCUGCUUGGCUCGGGUACUGGUGGUUCCAGGGCCUUGUUCUAACCGGAUUAUGGGUUAUUGGUCACGAAUGUGGCCAUGGCGCGUUUAGUCUGUACCCGUGGCUUAACGACCUGCUGGGAUAUACGCUACACACGUUGCUAUGGACGCCUUAUUUCAGUUGGAAGAUUAGCCAUCAUAGGCACCAUAUGAACCAUGCCAGUAUGGAGCGCGAUGAGGUCUACGUUCCGAAGACACGGUCAGUUCUUGGGAUACCGUCGAAGGAGCAGGAGAAGGAACACGGUAUAGAUUGGGAUGAUUACUUUGGUGAUACGCCCAUUUGGACUUUGAUGAUGCUCAUCCGGCAGCAAGUACUUGCGUUUCCAGCUUAUCUCCUGACAAACGUAUCUGGGCAGCCAGACUAUCCCGCGUAUACAAACCAUUUUUUACCGUCCUCUAUCCUGUUCACACCCGAACAGCGCAAUGCAGUUAUUCUAUCAAACAUCGGCAUUGGGAGCAUGAUCGUCGCUGUCUGCGCUGCCGUUAGGUGGUGGGGAUGGUGGAACGUCGUGGCGUUAUACGGAAUUCCUUGGCUCGAAGUCACCCACUGGUUCAUCAUGAUAACAUACUUGCACCAUACUGAUCCCGUCCUCCCGCACUAUCGUGCUGCGCAGUGGACCUUUGCGCGCGGUGCGGCAGCCACUGUCGACAGACCAUUCCUCGGCUGGAUGGGUCGAUGGUUCUUACAUGAUGUGGCACAUUAUCAUGUUGUGCAUCACUUCUUUCCGAAAAUGCCCUACUACCAUACCGCUGCGGCGACUCAACAUCUCAAAGCAUUUUUAGGCGAGCACUAUUGCUGGUCAGAUGAACCGAUCUGGGAGGCGCUUUGGAAUAGCUACAAUAAGUGUCAAUUUGUGGAGGAUGAAGGUGAUGUUCUGUUCUACCGGGACAAGAAGGGGAAUGCGGUCGUUAGGGCCUUGGACGAGGAGUAAGAUGAACGGCUUGGAGGGAACAACUUAGUAUUUGGAUUCUACUUUACAUAUUCAUGCUUUUUCUUGGAUACAUUACAUAGUUAUAUAAUGUCUAGACGAAACAAACGCGCGUUUUGCGUCAUUCUCGAAGAAAUGCCAUGAUGCAAUGCUCAUUUCGGAAGC